UCAAUCUGUUCGGGUUUCUCGUCGUGGAAGGUUCGUUGCGCGCGCGGAAAAACUGAAAAACUCGCUGCGAAAUUCGAGCGGAAAAGCGCUAGUAAAGAAGGCGAGUGCAUUUCCUCGACCUGAGAACGCCGGUGGCUAAGUUUGCCAAUAAGCCAAUCGCAAUUAAAUCUAUUUUCGCCGACCUAAGUAGGAGAAAUUAAACAAGAGCAGGAAAAAAAAAAAUAAAAAACAAACGUAAUCGCUGGCAAAUCAAUGCUAAAGGAAUUGAGUACUAUUCGUUGUUAUGUCAUGGAAAGUGUCUGAAUAAGUUAAGAAAAUACUUGUGUGAAAUUCUGCGACCUUUUAAAACUAGAGAAUUGAAACACAAAAAGUGCUAGACACGCGCUCUCUCUCUUCGACCACCAGCACCCACCACCACCACCCACUAUCGCCAUCCCACGUUUACUACCACGUUUAUAGCUCACGCGUGUUUUUGGGGCCUUUUGUUUUGUGCGCUCGUGUCUGUGUGUGCCAGUGUGUGUGCGUGUUAGCCGGCAAGUGCAUUUGUGUGAGUGCGAUUGUGUGUGUGUUGCCGCGAACAGCUGUUCACCCAGACAGCAUGCAGAGGUAAAUACGAAAAAAAAUACGAAAAAAGUGCUGCAAAAUAGAGUAAAUCAAAUAACCGGCUAAAAUAGAAAUAUAUAAGAAGAAAUCAAAGGCAAAUCAAAUUUAGCCCCAUCAUCCACUGUGUCUGCUGCACACCGAAAUCCCGAAAACGCAUCUAAAAUGGCGGCCAGGAGCAUGCGGCUAACGCAGCUUUUGCUAUUUACCCUGCUCUGCGGCUUCGCCGGCCUGUCAGCCGCCAAGCACCUGGACCUGGAUGGCGUCCACCACCACCAGCACCACCUGCACAGCGCCACCACGCACCACCGACGCCGCCUGCAGCGGGACUCGCGGGCAAGGGACGCCGUUGGAGCAGGGGGAUCGAGCCACCAGUGCGAUGCUGUCAAAAGCUACUUCGAAUCGAUCGACAUCAAGUCGAGUGGGACUUACAGCGAAAAAGGCGCCAUUUGCGGCGGAAGCUGCUGCAAUAAUGCCACGGAGCUGGAGCUGCGGGACAAAGCCGCCGGAAUGUUCGAGCAACUGCUUCAUCACCACACCAGCAGCCUGCGCGGAGUCCUCGAGACGAAUGCCAAACAGUUCCAGAGUCACGUCGUGGAAUUGGCGCAGAUUUCGGAGAACAUGACCCACUCGCUCUUCUCGAAGGUUUAUACCCGUAUGGUGCCUCCAUCGCGGAUGAUGAUCCAUCAGCUGUACACCGAAAUCAUGAACCAUCUGAUUUACACCUCCAACUAUACGAACAGCAAUGGCCAGCUGGGCAGGCGAGGAAUCGGCAGUGUGCAGAGCAACUUGGAGGAGGCAGUGAAGCGAUUCUUUGUUCAGUUAUUCCCGGUGGCCUACCACCAGAUGGUCCAUCUGUCCAAGAACAAUCUGGGUGACCUGCACGAGGACUAUGUCAACUGUCUGCAGCACAACUUCGACGAGAUGCAUCCAUUUGGGGAUAUUCCGCAGCAAGUGCAGUCUAGCCUGGGCAAGAGUGUCCACAUGUCCAAUGUCUUCAUGAACGCCCUGCUCCAGGCAGCCGAGGUCCUCAGCGAGGCGGAUGCCCUUUAUGGCGAGCAACUGACGGACACGUGCAAGCUGCAUCUCCUCAAGAUGCACUACUGCCCCAACUGCAAUGGACACCACUCGAGUGGCAGGAGCGAAACGAAGUUGUGCUACGGCUACUGCAAGAACGUGAUGCGCGGCUGCUCGGCGGAAUACGCUGGUCUACUGGACAGUCCCUGGUCGGGUGUAGUGGACGCCCUGAACAACCUGGUCACCACCCACAUUCUCUCGGACAGCGGCAUCAUCAACGUCAUCAAGCACCUGCAGAACUAUUUCUCUGAGGCCAUCAUGGCCGCCAUGCACAAUGGACCCGAACUGGAGCAAAAGGUUAAGAAGACGUGUGGCACGCCCAGCCUGACGCCCUAUUCGUCCGGAGAGCCGGAUGCGCGGCCACCGCCCCACAAGAACAACGUGAAGUGGGCCACUGACCCGGAUCCGGGCAUGGUCCUCUUCCUGUCCACCAUCGACAAGAGCAAGGAGUUCUACACGACCAUCGUGGACAACUUCUGUGACGAGCAGCACUCUCGCGAGGAUCACUCCUGCUGGACAGGCGAUCGUUUCGGGGACUACACCCAGCUGCUGAUUAAUCCGGGAACUGAUAGCCAGCGUUACAAUCCGGAGGUGCCAUUCGAUGCGAAGGCACAGACCGGCGAGCUGAACGAGCUGGUCGACAAGCUCAUCAAGAUCCGCAAGAGCAUUGGAGCUGCGGCACCUUCCAACAGCAUACAGGCGUCGCAUGACAUCCAGAAUGACAUGGGUGAGGGCUCCGGUGGCGGCGAGGGCCAGAUUGGCGACGAUGAGGAGGAGUAUGGAGGCGCACAUGGUUCCGGAGAUGGUUCCGGCGAUGGACCCCACACGCCCAUCGAGGAGUCCGAAGGCACCACCACCAACGAGGUGGAGUCGCGGGACAGCGGCAAGACUAGUGGGUCCAACCCACUGGAGGCCACCGCGACGUGGAUGCUCCUCACUCUAGUCACAAUGCUCUUUAGUAGUUGUAGUUAAGGUUGCUGCCCCCAGUCGAGGGAGUGAACACAAAAAACGCAAUGCGCCCCACUGUGCGAGGGCGGUGAAUGAUGUAACCACAAGAAGCGCAACAGCAGAUGCACACGAAUCGAGUUAAAUCAUGAAUUAAUAUAACUAUUAUCAUUAUUAUUAUUAUUUGUGUAAUUCUUAAGUUGUUACAAGUAAUUUAUAGGCCCUAAGCGCAUUCAUCUAGCAAUCGACUAACAACUUACACACAACCAACAGCAGCAGCGAAACUUGUAACUUGUAACUUGUAACUUGAAACUUGAUACCCUUGAAACCCUUGAAGCGCACCUCCUCUCCUUCUAGCUUUUCCAAAUUUGAAGCUCAUCGACUUUCCAUGCCGAAUCCAACUACAUAGACUUGUGUGCCAUAUAAAUGCGUUGGAUAUUUGCAUACGAAUCGAGCAAUUGCUAAACACAACUAACUAUAAACGAAAAUUAAAACUAAAUAGGCUCUCGGCAUCAGGCAGAAUCCCUUUCCAUAGAGUGUGCCGUUUGUUCAGAUACAUGUUAAUAUAUAUAUCGCGUAUAUAGCGUACAGUACACAAAGCUCAAUGUUCAAAGCAAGUUGUUCCUUUUCGGUGUAAUUACACAAGUUAAAUAGAUGCGAGAAAUCUGAGAGGCGUGGCACCACAUUCAAUGGCUAGUUUUUUUGGGGCGAUCACACAAAUAUUAUAUAUACGUAAAGGAUAUAAAUCUGUUAGCUGUAGCUCAGUGAAUGUUAAACUAAAGCGAAAUUAUUGUUGUCUACACCUUUCGAACUGAACGACGAAUGCGAGCGAAACCAUUUAGAAAUUGAUCAAUUGGGCAAUCGACGCGAAAUGCAUACGAAUGGAAUUUAGUUGAGUAAACGCACGGAAAAACUAGAAGACUUACAGCUUUAUACGCAAACAAAAACGAAAAACGAAGGAAAAUCGAUGAAAAUCUAUUGAUAUAUAUACGUAUAAAUAUAUGUAGCAUUACUUAAAUUAUAUGAACAAAGAGAUGAGACGACGACCUUGGCGUAAUAUGGAAAAUGUCAUAAAAUGCAUUCAGCUAAUUAGAGUUUACAGAGCACUUGGAUUUCUUCUUGGGGAGAGAGUGCAGAAAAUGCACAAAAUUGAGAAAAUGCAGAGUUCAGCGCACAAAUCACAGUUCGCAAAUUUGCAAUUUCAAUCGAAACUAAUGUUGCAAUCUUACGGAUACUUUACAGUGGGGCAGAGCGCUGCUGAAUCAAAUCCAGAGAGCAGCGCUGGCGGCACUCUAAAAACAACAAGUAAAUAUAUAUAUACAAAUGAAUAUGAAAUAUGCAUUAAUACGAGUAUGGCGCCAGCGAUAAGAAUGAAGUCUAUAUAUAUAUAUAUAUACACAUAAAUGAAUUAACUAAUUAAAUCGUAAUUAUAUGCUAGUGCGUAAACGUAACGAUUAGCGCGUAAUGUGUAAAAAGCAAACAGUUGAACGAAAACAACAAAUUUAGUUAGUAGCAAAUUAACAAAGGAAUCGCCAAUUGCCGCCGCACACAAAUUGGCAUAUACUUGCAUAUAUCGCACUAUAUACACUUCGAUCCGAUCGAAAUUAGAUCGUAGUGUGCCGGCGCGCUGGUUGAACUAUGUAUAAUUAUUAUUUGUAUCAUUAUUAUUUAACUAUUGCAUGUGAUUAAUAAUAUUUAAGUUAAACGUAAACGCAACAUAUUAAAUUGUAACUUAUGUAUACCGCAAAAGCAGCCGCAUUGUGCGAAAAAAAUCAUCGUUGUAAAUCUAUUUGAAGAUAACCAAUGCGAAUCGAAAAUUGCACUAAAAAUAAAUGUACUACUUUUAGAUGCCUAAAAACCAAUAAAUAAUUAUGUAACAAGAAACGCAAGUCCAACAAGUUUAUUGAAAGCGAUACGCAAUAGUGCUAUGAGUGUAACGGCAGACAAGCGAAAAUGAGAACUUUUGUAAAUUUCAUUUAAAACCUGAAUAAACGUCAAUAUUUGAAACUCGAAA